AUGCCGUUGAGUCUUUUUACAGAAAGUUGCUUAAAGCUGUAGGUGGGCCCAGACCGGAAUUUUGGCAUUUCAUCACCGCUCUUAGAAAACAAGACAGUUCGUUCCAUACUACAAGGCGAAACGUAGAGAGGCAGGUGGCAGCCCAGAGAACGCGGCGUCGAUCGUAUGUGCGGCAGGACGAAAACAUUCAGCAAAUGCAGGGGGAGCUGUCUGAAGAAUCAAUUUCUAUUAAAAGAUUCCUCCAACGAGCAUCCUGGACUGUGAGUUCGUUAGCAGAACGACUUCUACGAACAUCUUUGGUGGCAGCUGUAAUGGACGAUGAAGUUACAGCUGAAGACGAAUUCCAAGAUGACACACCACCAGAACAUCUUCCUGACAUACUGUUUGAUCGAGAGGUUACUAUCACAGAUGAGACCACAAGCACAUCCAGCUUGGUGGAAGAGAGGACACCAAAUAUUGGAAGAAGAUAUCGGCAUCGUGAACCUCCAUAUCAGAGACCAAGAAACACGAAUGAAGAAGCUGGAAGUUCGUUUGAAUCAAUUUUAGAGGUGUCUCUUCAAGAAAAUGGAAUGGAUCAAGAAGUUUCAGAACGAGUUGAACAACCUUUAUCUGAAGUAACUACAAGGUUGUGCAUGAUUUGCAACAUCGGCGAGCCAACUAACAUCAUUGUCCCUUGUCACCAUCAAGGCUUGUGUGACGAGUGUGUGGCUGAGCUUAGGAGGAGAAUGACUUUACCACCUGAAGAAGACGAACUGGGGGCAUUGAAUAUAGAAUAUUCACUGUGCCCCUACUGCCGUACUCAAAUACACGACUUUUUACGAAUCCACAUUGUGUGAAACUGUA